UUAAUUUUCAGCUUCCGGUGUACAAAUUGUCAAAACUGUCAAUUUUUUCAUUUUUAUUUUGACUGUAAAAACAGAGAAAAUGAAUGUUAUUUUAGCUAUAAAGCAAUACAUCAGUAAAAUGAUUGAAGACAGUGGGCCUGGAAUGAAAGUUUUAUUGAUGGAUAAAGACACUACGAGUAUUGUCAGUAUGGUUUAUGCACAGUCAGAAAUCCUCCAGAAAGAAGUAUACUUAUUUGAAAGACUAGAUUCUGCAGGCAGGGAAACCAUGAAGCACCUGAAAUGUAUUGCUUUUGUCAGACCAACCAAAGAAAAUGUUGAACUAUUAGCACAAGAGCUAAGAAUGUCUAAAUAUGGUUUAUAUUAUAUUUAUUUUAGUAAUGUAAUAAGCAAACAAGAUGUCAAAGUAUUAGCAGAGGCAGAUGACCAAGAGGUUGUGAGGGAAGUUCAGGAAUAUUUUGGAGACUAUGUUGCUGUCAGUCCACAUUUAUUUACCCUAAAUAUUAAUGGAUGUUGUCAGGGUCUGAAUUGGUCAACAGAUUCACUAGCUAGAAGUACCCAGGGAUUAACAUCAGUUCUAUUGUCACUGAAGAAAUGUCCAAUGAUAAGAUACCAGAACUCAUCAGAAACAGCCAGAAGACUUGCAGAGAGUGUCAGGCAAACAAUCAAUAAAGAAGCAGCAUUAUUUGAAUUUAGGAAGACCGAUGUAGCCCCUAUAUUGUUAAUACUUGAUAGAAGAGAUGAUGCUGUUACUCCUAUUCUGAAUCAGUGGACAUACCAGGCUAUGGUACAUGAGUUAAUAGGUAUUGCUAAUAGCAGAAUAAACCUCAGUAAUGUUCCUGGUAUAAGUAAAGAACUACAGGAAGUUGUUCUGUCUCCUGAACAUGAUGAGUUUUAUGCAAAUAACAUGUAUAGUAAUUUUGGAGAAAUUGGAAACAACAUUAAAGACCUAAUGGAUGAGUUCCAGACUAAAUCUAAAAGCCAUGAAAAAAUAGAAUCUAUCAGUGAUAUGAAGCAAUUUUUAGAACAAUAUCCACAAUUUAAGAAAAUGUCUGGCACAGUAUCCAAACAUGUAACAGUUGUCGGAGAGUUAUCUAGACUUACUAACAAACAUCAUCUACUAGAAGUCUCUGAACUAGAACAAGAUAUAGUCUGUCAAGGAGAUCACUCAGCAAUAUUACAGAGAAUCAAAACAUUAAUAGCUUCUGAGAAGAUUCAGCAUAUAGAUAUGUUACGUUUAGUUAUGUUGUAUGCUCUGCGAUAUGAAAGCCAUAGUAACAAUGAUGUAUCAGGAUUAGUUGAUGCUUUACGGAAGAGGGGUGUCAGUGACAGACUCAGAAUGAUGGUCCAUUCUGUGUUAGAUUAUGGUGGGAAGAAGUCCAGAGGGAGUGAUUUGUUUGGUAACCAGGAUAUUGUUUCUUUAACAAAGAAAUUUUUUAAAGGUGUUAAGGGAGUAGAGAAUGUUUAUACACAGCAUAAACCCUUGUUAUACAGCUUGUUAGACCAGUUGAUAAAGGGCAAACUAAAAGAAGGAGCUUAUCCCUACUUAGGAGUCAGUCAAUUGAAAGACAGACCUCAAGAUAUAAUUGUAUUUGUAAUUGGUGGAACAACCUUUGAAGAAGCUUUAGCUAUUCAUACUCUAAACAGAAGUAGUCCAGGGAUUCGUAUCAUAAUUGGAGGCACAACUGUUCAUAAUUUCAAAAGUUUUCUUGAUGAAGUAGCACAAGCUGUUCAAGGUCAGAGUUCAAGUAAUGUAGGACCAAGAUAUCACAGAAGAUGAACUAAUUACAACUAUAACAAUGCAUAUCAUUUACAAUUUAGAUAAGGUCCAGGAACAAAAUCAGAUUUUAUAAAAUAGAUUAAAAUGACAUCAUUGUAAAGUAUAGAAGUAUUUAAUAGGUGAUGUUAUUGCUUCUGUUUGAACAUUUUGUGAUAGUUGCAGUAAAUACUGUUAGAUGAUAUGUAUCUUAUUUAUGAAUAGCAUCAAUAUGUACUAAACUACCUUAUAUUUGAAUAUAUUCAGGUUUAAGUCUAGAACAAAUGCCCUACAAAAUGUAAGUCUAGCAUAGAAUUUGUAAGAGCAUUUUGCCAAGAGAUCAUUUUGAUCUUUAAGUUUCACAUCAAGAUCAUAAAUCAUAAAAAUAUGUCCAUAUCUAACGUUUGGUUGUACUUUUUCAGUAUGAAUUUUAAAUAUGAAUAUUUAUAUUGCAUAGCUGUUGGAAUUUUAUUUUUAUCUGAAACUAUAUAAAGUAUUCAGGUGACCUCAAAGGAAAAGUAUUUUUUAAUAUUAAAUUGAAUUGAUUAUAUUUUUAAAAAGAUAAUCCCUGAAGGUCGUCAGGCUUAGUUAAAGCAUACUUUUUUUCCUUUUCAUCAAAUUAGAUAGAAUGGUAGGAUUACAAAUGAGUUGGUUUACUAACUUCUUAUUUCAGCCCUAAAAUCUAAAAUAUUAAUAAUGCGAUAAUGUCCAAUUCUUUCAGUUAAAUAAUAUUUUCACCAAUUGCAUCUUUAGUGAUUUUUUUAUCCCUCAAAACCUGAUUUUCUGGUAAAACAUUUCUACAGUGUCACUGUCUCCACCCUCUGCCAACAAAUAUUUUUGCUGAAAUUUUCUUCAUAUACAACAAUUUUUAGUUUUCACCCUAAACUUUAAUAGUUGAAGGGUGGCGCAUAUGAAGUCAUAAAAAGAAGUAGAAAAAGGUGACACAAUUCUAGAAAAAUGCUCUAAAAUGGAGUCCUUCCUAUUUCACGUAUUUAUUAAAUACGAACCACUUAUCCAGCAAUUCUUAUUCCGGUUUUAAAAAUAAUAAUAAAUUUGGUAAUGCAUGCACAUAAGAUUUACUCAAAUAAUUCAUUUAUAAAAAAAAAUCAGGGUCACUUAUUAGGGUUACUGGCUCUCCUCCAUUUACUGAUCAUUCCAAAUUUAUGAUUUUUGUUUAUGCAUUAGGUCUUUACAAUGAACAAUUAUUUAUUUGUGAUUUUUUUUAUUUGAUUAUUCAUUGUUUCCUUGUACACAUUAGAUAGUGUGUGUGUGUGUGUUGUUGAAAGAGUUUGUAUGUUAAGCAAGGGAUGGUGCAAUAAUUGUUUGUUAUUGAAAUUUAAUAAAAAUAUUUCAAAGCUUUA